AUACUGAGUUUGACAGCUCAAUUGAAGUGUUGUUAAAGAAAAGAAAUAUAAAUAAAUACAACAAGCGCUUGAUAAACGACUUUCGGCCCAUGACAUUGUGCUUUGGCCAUAAUUUUGUAUUCUCCCUGCACCGAAUCCCAUCGAAUUUGAAAUUGACAACAAUAAAACAGGAAUCAUGACAGAGCCGGUAAGAGAAUUGGGACAGGGAACGUGUUGUUUGUGUUUGUCCGAAGAUGAGUCUACGUUCCACUCGAAUUCUAUCAUGAAAUCGCUGCCGCUUCACGAAAUGGUCAACUUUUGUAUCGGCAUCGAGAUCAAUCCGGCCAAUGAGCAAGAGCAAACAUUUUCAACGUCAAUAUGCAACGAAUGCGUGCUCAACAUCAACAAUUUCUACACAUUCAAGAAGAAAGUGCUUGAGGCCCAGCAACUGAUAAAUACUCCAAGUGUGAAGGAUCAACUGAACAACGAACAUCCAGCGGAAUAUGUGGACGAUGCAUAUCCAAUGCACGUCUUCGACAUCUCCGAUGAUAUUCCACUGUCGGUAGAAUCGAAUCAUGUAAAUACGGUGGAAAAUUCCGAACAAAUCGAAGUUUAUGAAGAAAAAUCACCCAAAGCAAACACAAUACAAAUGACGCGAUUGGUGAAAGUGGAAAACAUCAAAAAGCGACCAAACGAACCAAGUAGUCAGAAAACAUCGUAUAAAAAGCCAAAAGUCCAACCCAUGCCCACUGAAAAGAUUACGAUUCAAAUGAAUGAAUGUUUGAUUUGUCCGGCGAUUCUGGCUGAUAUACUACAGCUAAAGGAUCACAUUGACGCACAUGCAAACAUAAAAUGCAAAGCCUGCGGACGGCAAUUUGCUCGGUACUCGAAUUUAAAGCGACAUUUCAACUCCACGCACAGCAAACCAAAACCCUUCCAAUGCGAUUUAUGCGGCUUAGGAUUUAAUUUUUCCGUCAAUUUGCAAUCCCACGCAGCACUGCAUUACACAGGGAAAGUUCGCAAAGAAUGAUAAAGAUCGGCAUGACGUUACUUAUUUCAAUACAAUUUUCUAGCUUAAGAAUAGGUUAUAAAAUGAUUUGUUUUGAAUAAAUGACUGUGUAAGAUUUAAAUGGCAUUUUGAAAA